AUGAAGGACAAGGAGGAAUCCGAAAAGGAAGGCGAAGAAGAGCAAGAGACUAAAGCAAAAGACGAAGAGAGCGAGGAUGAAGAAGAAGCUAAAGACGAAGAGAGCGAAGAUGAAGAAGAAGAAGAUAGCGCAAAAAAGCCGAAGGCAGCUGGAAGAAAAAGAAGACCGAUUCGACAAACCGAUUUCCAUACAACAGGGCCCCAGAUCUCAGCUCAAGGAAAUUCCAAACGAAAUUUGAAGCUUGUAACUUCUGAGAGAUAG